AUGAAGGAUGCUUUGAAACGAGCCGUCGAGCGCGCAAAGCAAGAAUUUGAUGGCGUAGUACCUCACACGACAUCUAGUAGCCUCGUCGGAGGGCAAAGCACGACUCUCGACAUCUCCGAGAAGAAUGUUUACCGAUAUCGAAAGCAGCGAGGGCUCAAUCUCGGAUCUUGGUUCGUACUCGAGCGGUGGAUUUGUGACCGGCCAUUCUCCUGUGCGCGUCCUCCAGCGCAGAGUGAUCUCGACGUGGCGCGUGGCACGAACGCGAAGGACAUUCUCGAAACCCAUUGGGACACAUGGAUAGGCGACGACGAUUGGAAGUGGAUAGCUGACCGAGGAAUCAAUGCCGUGCGGAUUCCAAUUGGGUACUACCACAUCUGUGGCGCAGACCGCACCAUCUUGAAUGGGACCGACUUUUACCCCUUCUACGACACCUACGCGGGAGCAUGGCGGAGAGUUGUUCAAGCCAUUCAUAAGGCUUCUUCACUGGGAAUUGGGGUUCUAAUAGACCUACAUGCCGCCCCAGGGAAGCAAAACAAUGAUGCUCACGCCGGUACUUCCGACCACGCGAACUUCUUUGGAGAUCCUCACAAUCAACGCGUUACUAUUCAUGCUCUACGGGCGCUCGUUACUUCCCUGAAGACUAUCCAACUGCCUCCGACGAAUAUAAUCGGAAUAGAGCUUCUGAACGAGCCCGCCGCGCCGUCAGACCACGCCCUCCAGUCAUGGUACACAUCCGCUAUUGCGAGCGUUCGUGAGCUCGAUCCUACGCUCCCAAUUUACUUGGGCGAGUGCUGGCGCACAGACUCGUACACGGACUACGUCGUCCAGCACCACUCGUCGUCUCCUGGACUUACGGUCCUGGACCACCACCUCUAUCGCUGCUUUACGUCCUCCGACAUACACACCUCGGCGCAAGAGCAUGCUCGUGCACUUGGAGACCCGAAUGGAGAGAUGUCCAAGAUGUUCCUGCGCGUCUCUGAGAAGCUAGGGAGAGCAGGCGGGGGUGUCGUCGUUGGCGAGUGGUCGGGCGCACUGAAUCCCGGAUCGUUACGCGGAACACCCGGAGAGGAGAAAUUUUUCGUGAAUGCUCAGCUGGAGCUCUUCGAAACUACGUGUGCUGGGUGGUUCUUCUGGACGUACAAGAAGCAGCACCCCGGCGACACAGGCUGGAGCUUUCGGGACUCUGUCGAGGCAGGAAUUUUCCCCUCUUUCGUUAGCGGAAGGAAAGGAGAACCCUCAACCUUUGAAAUCGAGCAACGUCAUGCCGCGAGAAAUGCCGCAAGAGAUCGAACUUUAGGUGAUCAUACUCGAUAUUGGGCCCAAUUUCCAGGGAAAUAUAACCACCAACGCUUCGACGAUGGAUUCUGCUGCGGAUGGGACGACGCCUACAGCUUCAUUGUAGCGACCCCUGCUAGUGCGAAGACGAUCUCUGAGAUUGGUUUUAAAGGGGCCUGGGCUCGCAAAAGGACGGCUGAUCAUGGACGCAGCUACUGGGAGUUUGAACAUGGUUUCGUACAAGGUUCCAACGCGGCCGUAGCAGAUUAUCACGCCUUUAAUCGGUAA